GGGUUCUUUCACCAGGUGGUCAGGGGAAGCUCCUCUGAGGAGGGGACAGUGGAGCUGACAUGCCAAUGACAGGAGAGAGCCAUGCGUGUGAAGAGCUGCAGGGGAGGGGUUCCAGGCGGACAGAGCCGCUAGACCAUCCUUGCAAGGCCAGCACCCCAGCGCACCAGGCAGGUCGUCACACACAGGGUGUGCCCCCCCACCUGAGUCUAAUAGGGCCUGAGCCCUGCCUUGGGCUGGGAUCUCCCCAAAGGCAGUCUUUCUUGUUCCUCCCUCUGGGUGUCCCCAGCCUUAACACAGGGCCCUGACCAAGCGGGGGUGUCAGUAUGGGAGCGGCCAGUUAGAGGGGAGCCACGAGAAGGCAAAAGUUGCCCCUUCCCUCUUGGCCGGCUCAAACUAUUCUCCAGCCUGCCCUAGCUCCCAGGCUGUGGCCUUGACUCCUGGUUUCUUGUCCCAGACCCCGACUCCUCUCUUGGAGGCUGCCGGCUCCUUUUGGGCUGGAGAGAGGCUCAGGCUGCCGCUGACGCUUCCUGGGUUCUGGGCACUUCUCCUCUUCCCUGGUCCCUCCAGGAAGAUUAUCAGGGUGGACAGGGGGAUGCCUUGAGGCAAGGGUGUGAGAAUGUCAGUGCCCAUGCUGGAGUCACUCCCAUGGAGGUGGCAUGGAGCGGUCGUCAGCAGCAUUUUUACCCACCCCUGGGACGUGGAGGGCAGGACGGGCUGGCUGGCAUCUUACUGUUUAUGCCCUUCCUCUGGUUUGGAGCCAGGCAGCCCCCCCUCCUCUUAUCACAGAACCAGGAGGGCCAGAGCCGCCACUCCUGGCAACGCCAGGUCAAGGCGAUCACGUGUGCCCUCUGGGUAAAGCAGAGCACCUGGGCUGACAGGGUCAGCAGCGUGUUCAAGGUCACACAGCACACUGGUGGGGCGGGCACCUCCCGCAGAGCCACCGCCAGGCUGGGGGAGGACCUGCUCUCUCUCCCCCGUUUCACCUGCCACUUGGAGCCGUCAAUGAGUAACUUGGACAUUUCUCAGGCUUCCUGAGGAAGGGUUCCCUCGACGGUCUAAGCUGUUCCUACAUCUCCCCAGGCCUUGGGGGAUUGCUCCCCCCCCCAACUUUAACUGGCCUGAAUUAACCUUUGAGUUCGAGAUCAGGGGAGGAAAGAUCAAUAACACAAUGCUGGCUUUAGCCUGGAAUGGGAGUCCAGAAACUGGAUCCUGACUCUCUUCCCCUGUCUGGGCCUGGCUCCUGAUCUAUACAGUGAGGGGUAGGAUUAUUAGGUCCUUGCUGCUGCUCCAGCAGUUCCCACACCAGCCUCCCAGGGUCACCCCAGAGGGCGCUGCAGUGGGAACAGAGAAUCCAGGAGCUGGCACCCAUCUCUGCUGAGCGGACUUCCCUGGGCCUGGCUGCUGGCAGGGAGGGGGGUGAGCACCGAGGAGGGGGACUGCCAGUGGCCAGGGCCAAAUCCCAGCGAGUGAGCCAAGGACUGUAGCAUCACACUGACUCCGCACGGCAGCCUCAGGAGACAGAGCUUACUGGCCCCAUUUUAUCACGGAGAAAACCGAGGCUCUAAGGAGCGAUGUGUCAGUGCCUCGUCCGGAGCCGCCUGCUGGGAAGUGACAGAGCCUGGCCCAGUCGUUAUGGGCCCUCUUCACCUCAUCCCUGGCCAUCUCCCUGGUGUUUGCCAUCAUCCCCUUCUGUCGAGAUGUGAAGGUGCUGGCCUCUGUCAUGGCGCUGGCGGGCCUAGCCAUGGGCUGCAUCGACACCGUGGCCAACAUGCAGCUGGUGAGGGUCUACCAGAAGGACUCGGCCAUCUUCCUCCAGGUUCUCCAUUUCUUUGUGGGCUUUGGCGCCCUGCUGAGCCCCCUCAUUGCCGACCCCUUCCUGUCUGAGGCCAACUGCUUGCCUGCCAACGGCACGGCCAAUGUCACCUCUGGAAGCCACCUUUUCCACGCCUCCAGGGUCCUAGGCCAGCACCACACCGAGGCGUGGCGUUGGUCCAACCACUCGCUCUCCGGGCUGCCUGCGCAGGACCGGGCAGGGACCCGCGUGUCGUAUGCCUUCUGGAUCAUGGCCCUGAUCAAUCUCCCGGUGCCCAUGGCUGUGCUGUUUCUGCUAUCCAAAGAGCGGCUGCUGGCCUGCUGCCCUCAGAGGAGGCCCCUGCUCCUGUCCGCAGAUGAGCUGGCCCUGGAGACGCAGCCUCCCGAGAAGGAAGACGCCUCCUCACUGCCCCCAAAGUUUCAGCCACACCCAGGGCACGAGGACCUGUUCGGCUGCUGGCAGAGGAAGAACUUCAAAGGAGCCCCUUACUCCUUCUUCGCCAUCCACAUCACAGCCGCCCUGGUCCUGUUCAUGACCGACGGGAUGACGGGGGAGUACUCAGCCUUUGUGUACAGCUAUGCAGUGGAGAAGCCGCUGUCUGUGGGGCACAAGGUGGCUGGUUACCUCCCCAGCCUCUUCUGGGGCUUCAUCACCCUGGGUCGGCUCAUCUCCAUUCCCAUCUCCUCCAAAGUGAAGCCAGCCACCAUGGUGUUCGUCAAUGUGGUGGGCGUGGUGGUGACGUUCCUCGUGCUUCUCGUUUUCUCCUACAACGUCGUCUUCCUGUUCGUGGGGACAGCCAGCCUGGGCCUGUUCCUCAGUAGCACCUUCCCCAGCAUGCUGGCCUACACUGAGGACAUUCUGCAGUACAAAGGCUGUGCGACCACGGUGCUGGUGACAGGGGCAGGAAUUGGCGAGAUGGUUCUCCAGAUGCUGGUUGGUUCGGAUGCACUCUGGACUCUCAUCAGUUCCUACCCAGGACAAAGCACUGGGAAUGGAAAGCCCAGAGUGCUACCAGAGGUAAAACUGGGGGAAGGGGGCAGGCGAAGACGGCCGGCCUCUCGAGCACCAGCACAGACCAAAGUGUUCAAGAAAUUGGGGGUCGCCCUGGAGGCGAUCUCUCCACGCCUUGGCUCGGAUCUUUUCCACAAAUACUUGGUUAGGUAGAAGAAAUUGAACGGACUGGGAAAAUCAUUAGCAGUUUACUGGAUGGAUAUUCAAGUUACCUUCCUCUCCCCCGGUUCGGACCUUUGGUAAGAGGUGUCCAGGAUACCCCGAUGGGAAGGAAGAAGACAGCCAUAUGCUUCACUCCAUUGGCCACCGACCACCUCCUGCAUGGACCAUCCCCUGGGUUUGAAUAUCACUUUUCGUUGAAGCUUGAAAGAACAGGUUGAAAUUGUAAAGUUCGAUGAUCACUGCUUGCUGUAGAUAUAUUUGAAAUCAGUCAAAACAAACCCCAAGUUAGUUCCCGGCAUGCUCAAAUGAUUUAUGUGCUUUUUACUUUUUGGUAAGCCACGGUCUCUCAAAUUCCCGUUGCUGAUAUCCGUAGUUCAUUUAAAAUCUAAAACAUCGAAAGGAAAAGUCGAAUCUUGCUAUCUUUGGGACACUAAUUCAGUGGUAUGCUGGGCUGGCUCGUACUAGCUGAUAAAAGCCGGUCGUUAACAUUUCCUUUUGAGAGCUAGUUGUUAAAACUCGGCCAGUAUUAAACAUGAGAUUUUAUAGAAAGUUAACAAUUCCGUUAAAGACAAGCGAAAGAACCACUCAAAACUCAUCACUUCCUUGAAGGUAUCUAAGCGUAUUGUACCUGUACAGGGGAAAUAGGAUACGGAGGUGUGGCUCUGUCCAUCUCUUCCCAGAUGCGCUUGCAGUGGUAACGUGUCUGGUGGCCCGAGAUCAGCCACGUGGGAGGAUUCGCCCCAUAGAAACUGGCAGAGGCUACACAUCCUCCCCUUUCUCUUCCCCCCGGAGAGCCAGUUGUUAAACAUCUACCUGCAGGUACCCCACUGCUAACGAUCAGUGCAAACGGGCUCAGAAGCCGUCUGGGAGAAUGGGAUGAAGGUUCCGGUUUUCUUUUACUUGACCGCGCUUACGCGAAGUGUAGGCACAGCACUAAGGAAUUCUCAAAAAUACCUGGUUUAAACUUUACAUCUUUUGUCAAGGAAAACAGCUCUUUGUACCACGUCAGGUGGGUUUCCUUAACAAAAAGCUGGGACUGCCGAGCGAUGCGGGGGGAGCAGCACACCGAAAGCAGUGUGGAGGAGGGGGCUCUCCCGACCGAGCAGAUCCCCUAGUGACCGAGAGGGCACAGAGCCUGCCACUUGGAAAGGGUGAGACCACGGAGGCGUCUGUAAGUAGUCAAAUGGCCGUGACGGUGACCGUACGUGCGCUUACCUGCAGCUUCUCUGCGUUAUGUACGAACGUGCAUGCGUGGCUAUAAAAAGGGGAGCGAGGUUCUCUGUAGCCUGAGCCGCAGGCCCCACACUGAGCAGCGUACCCCAGAUCGGUGGCCUUGUCAUGUCAGCCGGCUGCGUCUGCCAGCAUAUGCUAUGUGGUGACGGGGCCCUGGCCGGAGAGCGGGCGCUGGCCUCGCUCUCUAGCUGUGCGGCCCUGGGCGGGUCCCUCACUGAUGGUCUUCCAGCCUUGCUUGUUCUUGUUAAAUCGAAGUGACAUUUCUAAAAGAACUUACCCUACCUCAAAGGAAUUCUGAAAGAAUGAAGUGGCUUUGUUUAAAGCAAUUAUUGUAUGCCUGACCUAGAAACUGCUUCAUAAACGCUAGCAAUUUUUAAAACCUCUUCAUAAGCAGAUUCGAAAUUGUUCGUAUGUUUGGUACACAAUUAUUGUUAAGUCAAACAGAUCUAAAUUUUUUUGAAGGCUGAUGGUCUAAGGGUGUAGUUUUAACUAUGCCUGUAAAUACUUAAAAAUAGCUGAUGGCUGCCGGACUUCAAUGUGCAAUCUAACUGGAGUGACUGACCUGGACAAAAAGAAAGUAGCUGUAUUUUUCUCGUGGUUUUUCAAAACAAACAAACAAACAAACAAAAAAACCCGCAUCCUUUUUAUACAGAUUUACAAAGAAGGAUCACUGGCUUUAUCUAAGAUGAUCAUGAUCAAUUUGAGAAUAUAGAAAACGAGAUUGAAGCAAAUCUAAGUGUACCUUUCCUGAAAUAAAAUAUUUUAAACUUAA